ACCCGUGCAACUUCUGGAGUUGUGAGAGCUUUUAAUCUCCCCUGCAUCCCACCGCCUCACCUGCCUGGUGCCCACCGCCUUUGCUAUUUAUUUAUUUAUUUGUUUUUUUAAUCUACUUUUCGUUCUCUCGUCUUCGUACUUCCCACAACCCCCCUCCCCACUUUUCUGCUUUUGCCAUGGGAAUGGUGGCAAAUCUCUUGGCUAUUGUCAUGUCGGCUUCAUUUUUCAACCCCAGCUUUGCCUUCAGUUCGCACUUCGACCCUGAUGGCACUCCCUUGAGUGAGCUCUCCUGGUCUUCCUCUCUGGUGGUGGUGGCCGUUUCCUUCUCAGGACUCUUCACCUUCAUCUUCCUCAUGUUGGCCUGUCUGUGCUGCAAGAAAGGGGGCAUUGGCUUCAAGGAAUUCAGUAAUGCGGACGGGGAGGAAUAUCCUAGUGAAUUUUCAGCUCAAGGCUCACCAGCCACCCAGAAUGGCCCUGAAGUUUAUAUUCUGCCUCUCACCGAAGUAUCUUUGCCAAUGUCUAGGCAACCUGGGCGCUCAGUGCAGUUACUCAAAUCCACUGACCUGGGACGCCACAGUCUGCUAUACCUCAAAGAAAUUGGCCAUGGAUGGUUUGGCAAGGUGUUCCUCGGUGAGGUAAAUGCAGGCUUGAGCAGUACUCAGGUGGUGGUGAAGGAGCUUAAGGCUAGUGCCAGCGUGCAGGAUCAAAUGCAGUUUUUGGAAGAGGCACAGCCUUACAGGGCACUCCAGCAUACCAAUCUCCUGCAGUGCUUGGCUCAGUGUGCAGAGGUGACCCCCUAUCUGCUGGUGAUGGAAUUUUGCCCAUUGGGUGACCUGAAGGGCUACCUACGAAGCUGCCAUGCUGCAGAGGCUCUGGCACCUGAUCCUUUGACAUUGCAACGCAUGGCCUGCGAAGUAUCCUGUGGUUUGCUGCAUCUUCAUCGCAACAACUACGUCCAUAGUGACUUGGCCUUGCGGAACUGCUUACUCACAGCUGACCUUACUGUCAAAAUCGGUGACUAUGGCCUUUCUCACUGCAAAUACAAAGAUGACUACUUUGUGACCGCCGACCAACUAUGGGUUCCAUUGCGUUGGGUAGCCCCCGAAUUGAUUGAUGAAGUCCACGGCAAUCUGCUGAUCGUCGACCAGACUAAGACUAGCAACAUCUGGUCUUUGGGCGUGACUAUCUGGGAGCUGUUUGAACUGGGUGGCCAGCCCUACUGCCAUUAUUCCGAUCGGCAAGUCCUCACUUACGCUAUCAAAGAGCAGCAGCUUAAACUUCCCAAACCACAGCUUCCGCUCUCACUAUCUGAUCGCUGGUAUGAGGUUAUGCAGUUUUGCUGGCUUCAGCCAGAGCAGCGCCCCACUGCAGAGGAGGUGCACCUUUUGCUUUCCUACCUCUGUGCCAAGGGGGCUUCCGAAGCGGAGGAGGAGUUUGAGAGGCGCUGGAAUUCCAUGAAACCCGGAGGCACCGGCGGUUCAGGCUCUGGCUCUAACCACAUGGGUUUGGAGCUUUCCUCCUUCCCUCUUCUGGAGCAUUUCUCCAACGAUGGUGACGAUGUUCUCACUGUGAUGGAGACAAGCCAUGGCCUCAACUUUGAAUACAAGUGGGACCAAGGGAAAGCUGAACAUCUCCCAGCCUCAGCCAUGAGCCCCGGUGGGGCUGCACGCUAUCAUGAGCUCUAUUAUUCGGCGAGCAGCAGCAGUGGAGGUGGGCAUCUCAGCCUGGGGGUGUCCCCCUCUUGCUAUGAAUGUAAAAUGCAGGGGUGCCCUGGUUUGCACACACCGGGGGUGGUCCCUGUGCUGAGUGCCCAUAGCCCUUCUCUGAACAGUGAGUACUAUAUUCGCAUUGAAGAGGUGGCAUCUGAAGGCAGUGGGAAUGACCUUGAUUAUACUGUGUGUUCCUACAGCCCUGAGUUCAGCCAUUCUUCACACUGGCAAACCAAGGAGGAUCACUACGAAUCCAAUAGUCCCACCAUCUCACUCACCAUGGAACCCCUCCUGGGUCAAUCAGCACACCCCGAAAGCCACUGGGAGCCCUCUGACUAUUACUCCUAUGGAGAACAAGACAGUAAAGAGGCCCCAUACUACGAGGACUCCCUGAAGGACAGUGCUGAGGAAUACCUGCUCAAGGAUCCCAGUGCUUCUGAGUGGCCUGGUCUAGCUUUGCAGAAAAGCAUUUUUGCUGAUCCACUUGGUGUGUCACCAUCGGUGAAUUACACCUGUAAGGAGGCUCUAUCAGAUUCAGUCAUUCUGGAAGUGGCAGAGGAGGAGCACUUGAGUGAUAGUCCUAGGAGUGAAAGAAAUGAAAACUCUGAAUCUCCCUCUUCAGGCAAGCCUUGGACAUCCAACACCUCAGUCAAAAAUGAUAAUGAUCACCUAUUGCCAUCAUGUGAACCUCUUGCCAAAGAUAGCUGGUGCUACCGGCAUAUGAUCACCUUCCAGGGGCUAAUGGCGCAGCCACUGGGCACAGUGCCACGGGAUGAGCCAACAUUAGGGAUCAAAGAUCUGCGAGCAGCUCUGCUAGGUGGGGAACACAUGUCAUCAUCAUCCCAUAUAGGCUCCCCAUGUCCAGACAGCGAUUUUCCUGCAGAGGAAAAUGUCUCAGUUGAAAGUGCUGCUACAUUGCCUGGCAUAGAAGGCUCUACAGAUCCCUUGAUAGACAGCAGAGUGGAGAGCUCACAAGCCACCACUCCACCAUUGGAGGAAGAUGUUUUGAUUGGUCUGUCGUCAACACCAUCACCCUUAUCUUCCAAGGAAGAAGCUGCCAGCAGCAUGGAGGCUAAAGAUCCAACUCUGCUGGAUGAAUCAAUAGCUGAGGUGUCAAACAUAGAAGAAGACCCUAUGGAAGAGACCUCCACUGGAUGCUCACCUAAGUUGCCACAGGAGAUCAAUAUAGAAAGUGGCAAGAACACCAGUAGCGAACAAGAUAGAACACCAGACAAGACUGUUUCCAGUACCAGUUUCCCUGACUUGGAUGAGGCCAGUGAUGAGGACUCAGCCGAUCUUACAUCUGGAGUUUUUAUUGACUUCCCAGUUGACUGUCUUGAGCAGCAAGAUGUAAUCCCCGCUUUCAAAACCUUACAGAAGCAAGUAGGGACCCCAGAUUCACUAGAUUCAUUGGAUAUCCCCUCUACCACCAGCUCCUGCGACACCUUCAGUCCCAUAGCUUAUAUUUCCUCAAGCCAGCCUAAGGCUCUGGAUAGUGGCUAUGAUACAGAGAACUAUGAGUCACCUGAAUUUGUCCUCAGGGAACCUCAUGAGUCACGGGAAUCUGAAGGUUCUGAUAAGCUGGGAACAUCUGAAGAUGAUAAGGAUGAUCAAGUCAAAGAGCAGAGUCUUUCUGAUUCUUUUACUGCUGAGCUGCAGGCCUUGAAUGAGAAGAAUCCUUACCGUGACUCCGCGUAUUUCUCUGACUAUGAUACUGAAGGUGGCACUCGGGAGGAUGGAGAAGAGGACAGUGAUGCUUCUGAGGAACAUGAACCGGAAGUCUCCCAGUCACACACUGAAGAACUGAAAGAAAACUCUGAACCAAUUGGCAGUACAGACGAGCCUCUGCCAGCUGGUCCUGAGCCCAUUUGUCCACAUGAAGACUGUGUGGGUUGCAUCUCUCCAGGGACGGAGGACCAGGAGACGGGGAAAGACAGAGAUAUUAACUUGUCACAGGAACUGUUGAUCAAUGAAGCAACUGUUGAUAAAUUGGAUUCAAACCUAUUUCAGGAUAAGAAUAAUGGGAUUGUUGUGCAAUCCCAGACACCAGCCCCCACUACCAGAUCUUUUGUCUUGUCUCCUGUGGUCACCAGUCUAGAGGAACCCACCAUAGAUGGUGAAGAAAAUGAAGUAAAGGAUUCAGGACAGGAGAAUGUGACAAAGAACACUGAACAACCUGAGGAAAGACAGGCAAUUGGCCCUCCCAAGGAACUUCAGAGCAACCUUGGUCUCUCGCUCAAACUGUCAGUAGUACCAUCCCAGCUCUCAUGUAGCCCCACUGAUCCUGAAGAGGAAGAAGAUGACACUGAAGACAGUGAUGAGUCAGAUGAGGAGCUGCGGUGCUACAACAUUCAGGACCAGAGUGAGGAAAGUGAGGAGGAAUCACCUGCUGUGCCCAUUGUAGUGGCUGAGAGCCACAGUGCCCGUAACCUGCGCAGUCUGCUUAAGAUGCCCAGCCUAGUGGUGGAGACAUUUUGUGAUGACCUUGAGCGCAAGAAGAAAGCUGUUUCCUUCACCGAAGAUGUUACUGUCUACCUCUUUGACCAGGAAAGUCCCACAAAGGAACUUGCAGAGCAACCUUUCCCAGGAGUGACAGAAGCUUCGCCAACGCCACCUGGGCAGGUGGAGAGCAAAGCUUCCUCAGGCUUAGCGGAUGAGAUAAAUACACCCAACAGCACCUCAGAAGGGAGCUCCUCUGAAGAGAAUAAAGGUGGUGGCUUUGGAUGGGAUGAUGACUUUUCCCUCAUACCUGUGAAAUCACCUGUCCUGUCCUCAUUGACCUCAGAGGCACCUGAGGACAGUCUCCCCAGACUGUCACCCACACUAGUAUCUGCUCAGAAGCAAGUGCUGCCCAUCCAGUUUUCACGCUUCACAGUCUCACCUGCUGCAGUAUCACGGUUCUCCAUCACACACGUCACUGAUUCAGACGUUCAGCCUGUAGGAGGCAACAGUGAAAAUGGCAACAGAGAGUGAACUUGGCUAUCUCUCCCUUUUGGACUUCCUACUUUGCCCCCACGGCAGAGUUUCUGCACCAGGGGACAUGAGCACGGAUGAGGCCCAGGAGCUGGCUGGAGCAGAACUCUACAGGGCCUCAUUCAGAUUUUAUUGGACAGAUUUUGACUGCCGCUGGGCUGGAGCCACCUUACCAUGAGGUGGUUUGUGACAGUUGUGCAAACAUGAGUGUGUGUGUGUGUGUGUGUGCGCGUGCGCACACGCACACACACCCAAGAAAGUGUGUACAAAUAGACACAUAUAGACAUAUAGAACCUAUAGCAUUUAAAGGGUAGAUCUGUGACUUUGCUAACAUUGCCACAUAAGCCAUUGUAAUAUUCCUAGCUCAUGCCUCUUGAUGUUCUGACCCACACUGACUUCCCCAGUUGGGGCACUGCCCUGAGACAUCCUCCCCCUGCCUGUUCUGUGAGCUUAUCGUGUCUUCUUUCCACACCCCAUAGGGGAUAUUGAGAGAGCACGUAGCCUUGCGCCUUGUGCCAUUCCAACAUGCUUCAGGUGGAUCCUCAAGCACUGGUACUUGUGUCUUGCCACAGGGGACAAGCUCUCCUUGUCCUUUCUUCAGUGUGCUGUGUCCAAAUAUCAGGUGGAGUUGAUGGUCCAGCAGACACAACCGGUUACCGGAAGAGCCAGAGACAAGUGUAGGCCAAACACCUGAAACAGGUAGGGGAGCCAGCUGAAAUGAAGGUCACAUUCAAUGUUUUGAGCAGGGAAGACUCCUGGUCUCAGCAGCCAUUUCCCCCUUUUUUUUGGUUAUGUUUUUCACUGACCCUGAGUUGCUGUCACUCAGUUGCAUAAUGGUCGUGGAACUCAAAAUUGUCCCCACCUCCUUUUGAGAAUCACGGUCUGGUCCCAGGUACUCGGCUCUACUGGAGACUUUGCCUUCUGUUUAUGGGCAGGAUCAAUAUGAGCAGAUCGGAAGUGAUGUCUGGAUGGCCUUCAGCACUUCCCAUUUCUCCGCCUUAGCUUUGAGAGAGCAGCCUGAAUUCCAGGAGGUGGAAUGGGAGUACAGGAAUUAAAAAAGCAAACGUAUUUAAAUGUUUCGCUGGCUGGGAGAGACUGUGGUGCUGAGACCUACCAAAAGCUAUCUUCCCAUUUUCUGCCAUCUUCAUCCUUUCUCUAUUACAGCAUUAUUCGGGGAGUGCCUCCCAGAGAGCCAUGAUGUGACCUGCUGGGAAUGUGAGACAAAUACCAAGUCUUGGGGUGGUUUUUUCCCCAAACUUCCUUUGUCAUUCUUCAGCUGCAGGAAGAAACGCCCGGCAGACGCAUAGCAAAAGCAGAUCAAACUGCCACUGAAACUAUUUUUGUACAAAGUUUACCCAUUACUGUAUCACCUGCCCUAACAGAGUGGCAGAUUUAAGUUAUUGUUGCCAAAGAGAUGUAAAGAAUUAACUUUUAUCAAGGCAUCUUGGGCAAGGGUGGGGGGAGAGCUCGGGGAGAAGGAAAAUAAUAGUUUUGGGAUUUUUUUUUUGUUAGAUUUUGAUUAGUUCAAGGUUUAGGAUAAUUGUGCAAUUUGGACUGUGGGAUAAAAUGGAAAACGAGUCAGAGGCAUGUUGCACUUAGGCGUUGUGGCUUAUGGGGACUAUAGACCAGUCACUGGCUUUGGAAAUUAGGGGGUAAACAGACAAGAGCAAAAGGCAGCUGGUAGCUGGUAGCUACUGGGCCAUUUCCUCACAGAGUCAGAGGAAACACGUAGGAGACCCUACAGAGCUGCAGAAUGUUUGUGCGUUGCGCUUCAUUGUGCUUCCAGUUUGGAGUAUGUUGUGACUACAGGUGGCAAGCUUGGCACUGGUACUGAUGCCUGAUUCUGGUUCAUGAGCACAGCUUUCAUUUUCAUAGUUUACAUAGCCACAGCCAUGUGUGAGCAAUGAUUCAUCAUCCCUCUAUUAGGCAGCAUUUAGGCGAUAGUGACAGCCAGGUUGUUUUGACAUACUUUCUCCUUCCACUGCUACCCACCUCAGUUCCAGCCAGCUGGAGAAGUGUUUCAUAAGGUGCAGUUCUAAGUGUAAACUUAGUGGAGCACGACAUCUUUAAGAUGCUGCAUGCUUUCAGCCAGUUAUGUUUUCUUCUUCCAGAGUCAGAAUACUUUCUAUGUCCGACAUUUCUUGCUAAGAUCCUUCUGUGAGUUCUAUUCAAAGAGGUAUUGGAUGUGAAAGGUUACCAGGAUCUGUUCCCAGCCUCCUUUGGAUGGUGAAAAUAUGCCUUUUGCUCCACUUCUUCUGAAGUCCACCAUGGGCAACAUAGAUGCCACUGUCUCAUUUCUACUGCUGCUGAUUGGUGAACCCAGAUGAAUAAUACUUUUCCUUCCUUGGACUACCAUAUAUUUCCUUAGCAUAAUCAGAAUACAACAGCCUACUUGUGGGUUUAGGGCACUCUUACUUGAUUUUUUUGAACCAGAGUCCCUGAGAAAAUGACUGCCAGGCUCCAGUAUGAAGCUGGAUAUAGAGACAACAUUUCUGUUCCUUCUUGGUUCCCCCCCCCUUUUUUUUUUUGUUUUGUUUAAGGGCUGGUUUAAUUCUGAUGCCAAAUUUGAGAAAGAGGCAACACUGGAGCCAUGAGGACCUACACCAGCAGCUACUGAACCCAGAAGCCAGGGAGAGCUGAAGGGAACCUUUGUAUACUUUGCUGUCCGCAUUUUGCCCACUAACAUCAAAAGAGAGAUAGGCUGAACUGUGCCCAUUCCAAAAUUUUAAUCCAAGCAAGUCCUGUCCAAUGGCUUUGGAAAGAAAUGUGUGCGAACUAUAGAUGUUUUCUAGAGGAGGUGUCAUUUAUCGGCCUCUUUGCACUUUCAAAAUACUUCGCUAUCACAAAUCAGCUGAGAGCAGCUGAGAUGUAUGUUUAGUGGAACUCUCCCUUUUCCACUCAUUGGGUGCCAAGCACAUUGGGCAUUGUUUGGAAAUGGAAUCUGGUGGCCUACAUUUCCCAUCCACUCUCCAUCUUUUUCUGCAAACUAAAGUGGUGGUAUAUAAUUCUCUUGAUCAUUCAAAGACUGGAGCCUGGGUUAGUUAGGACAGGCUGAAUGACAGGGUCUUGGCCUCUUGGUAACAAAAUUGACUAAUGAAUAAGGAUGUAUUGGACCCCAAAGUAAUUCUUCAAACGUACAGCUAACUACCAACCACUUUUACGGUGUGGUGGUGGAGGUAAAUAUCUUGGUCAGAAAUAAUGUAGCCACUGAAAUUCUUAACUAGACAAAGAUUAACCAAUGAAUGAAAUUCUUGAUUUUCUGCAAUUUACUCAGAGUUUCAUUUCUCUCCCCAGUUAGUUUAGAAAAAUCCACAGAUAUUUUGAAAUACCAGGUUUGUAAUAAAUCCCAAACUGCAUCUAAAAGAUUGUAGAUUACCCAUCCUUACCUGAGGAGCUUUUAUAUUGCCCUCUAUAGUACUGUAACUUGUUUAAAAUGUAGUCAGCUGCGUUUUCCAAUGGGAUUUGCCCCAUUGGAAGUCCGUUUCCCAAGCUCCCACAAAUUAAAAAAAAAGGAGAGAUUAUUAUAAUUGAUAUCUUCCUUUCUUUGCAUUCUCAGAUCUGUUUUCGGCACCUGGAAUAAGAAGAGUUGGGGACUUAAUAGGCAGGGGAAUAAAGGCUGAUCCACCCAUAGGAGGAAUCUUUGCUUGCUCAUUUUAUAAGGAGCAUCUCUAUGAUGUUGUCACAACCCACUCACCUUGGCUCUUUUUUCCAGUUUCUUCCAUUUCUAUUUGAACUUUAUAAAUGCCACAAGUGUAAGUGAACUUCAACUUUUUAACGGCUUUGACAUGUGCUGUCUGCUGCACUAAUCUGUUGGGCACCAUGCUAUUCACUCUCAUAGAUGGAUAGAUGAAAAAUUGCACUAAAAUGCACUUUCCCUGAAAACGAAUAAACGUUUUAGCAAUAACUUGAAAUAAAAAGCACUUUACCCCCAACUUUAAAAAGUCUAAAGGGGGAGGCUGCAUUUUUAUUCUCCUAUCCAUAUAGCUUUAUGUCUGUGUCCUUCCUUGUGUAUGUGAAAUAUUGCAGAAUGUGCACAGGCUGAUCAAAGAGGAUACCAGUCAAAGGGUGGUUUACUUUUUCUCCCUUCAGGCAUUUUACUGAAUGCAUCAGAAACUUCAAACUGGGGUGUUUUUUGGUGGUUGGGUUUUUUUGUUUUUUUCAAAGCUGAUCUUCUGUUUGGAAUGGAUUCAAGUACCUGAAUUCAAACCCAGCUAGAAAUCUCCUUCCUUCAGAUUGAGUCUGUGGUCAGAGGUCUGAUCUAGGCAUAUCCCUUUAUUUACACUGUAGUGUUUUCCCAACCUUUGCAACUUUAAAAUCUGUGGACUUCAACUCCCAGAAAUCCCCAGCCAGUAUUGCUGGUUGGGGAUUUUGAGGGAGUUGAAGUCCACACAUUUUAAAGUAGCUAAGGUUGAGAAACACUGGUCUACAAUGUGCAGCUUUCCAUCCAUUGAGCUGAGCAUUUAAAGAGGUCUUGCCCAAGAUAUUUUUGCUUGUAGCAACAAUUGUUUAGUACCAGACGCCUCCAGUCUGAGGGUACCCUGUGCAUUUGGGAACAUUGUUCUCAUAAUUCUGCAUACUUCCCACCAGUUCAUCUUACACACCUGGCGAACCAGUAGAAUGUUAUUGCCAAAUGCAGAACUCUAUUCUGUGUUUGGGGAAUGUAACCGAUAUCCGUCUGGACUGAUGUAGCUGGUGAAAAUGCCUCUGCCUCUCAGAGAUGAGGGAAUCUUAGGCAGUGGUGGGUUGCUCCUGGUUCUGUUUGGUUCUUGAGAACCGGUAGUAAAAGCGGUGGGAGGCUCCGCCAACCCACCCUGACGUCAUAUUUGGCGAUAUGCACAUGCGCUCCCAUUACGAACUGGUAGUAAAGGUUAAGUAGAACCCACCCCUGAUCCUAGGGCUUUACAGAUACUGUCAUUCCAACUUACCUUUGCAUUUGGACAUCAAAAGCUAUCUUGUAAGGUGCAAGGAUAAGCCUAAAUAUACUUCCACAAUACCUGAUAAAACUGAAGAUAGAGCAGUUGAUGCUUUUGUUUGUUAAGAUUUCCCGUGGCUAUUUCUGCCUUGAAAUAACGGGGCAUGCUCUGAACAUGCCAAUUAGCACACCUUUACAAUCAGUUUGUAUUAUAUUCAAAUCAAGCAGACAUUUACAGGGCAUGUAUAGCUUAGGUUUCUCCGAUACUCUGAGGAAUGCAAAAGACUCAUUAAUCCUCAUUGUUCUGGGAUUUGUUGUUUCCCCUUUUGGCAUGCUCAGCCUAUUAUUUCUUAGCCUUGGUUUUUCCGUCUGGAGCACCAUUAAUUAAUGCUGAACUGGAAUAAUUCGUGGAUGGCAAACAAGGCUGUAGUACAUACUGUAACAGCCAAGAUAGCUUGGGAGGGUAAGUGGGUUAGAAUGCUCAUGACCAAUAUCCAUUAUCUCUACUGGAGUGAUCCAGAAUGAUCUGGUUAUGCUACAGUAUUUGCUGGGUAAAUAUAUACACCCACCCUCUUUAAAAUAAAUAUGAAAAAGUCCAUCCUGCAAGCUUCAGACCAUUCCACCCAUCACUUCCUUGGGAGCCUUCUAAGCUCCAUCAGAGCACAUGGAUCCAACCUCCCAACCUGGACCCCCUUUGGUUCCUAGUCCUCUCAAUUUUAAAAAAUAGCUCUCAGCAUGUCAUACAAUUCCUGGAGCACCAAAAAAAAAGCUGUACAUGUCAGCUUCAGAAUAAUGUGGAUAACAAGGGAAUCUCCUCCCAAUUCAUGAGUGCGAUGGAAAGGAAGGAGGACUGGGAUUGUUUUUGAAUUCACAUUUUCCAGUGUCUGAAAAAGCCAACUCCAAAGACCGAGAGAGGCAGGAGGAGAAAUCUGACCUAGAGUUUUAACAUCCAUUUCUGAACUCAAGAGAGGGAGAACUGCCACACUGUACUGUAUGGCAGGGGCUGUCAUUUGGACAAUAUUGAUUUUCCUCAACUAAAACACUAGGUCCAUACAUGUGUGGUGGCCUGGGAAAAAAUCUGAAGCCCACAUGCCAAUCUUACUUUUAUAAUACAUAAAAAGUGAAUUUUGCAAAGUAUAGGUAUGCAAGUUGCAGGAUUCACACAAGUACAAGACUUAGAUUUAUUUCAAAGAGUGCAAAAUAUCCUGUGGUCUGAGAACAAUUAACUAGUUGUGGAACGGCUUACUUCCAAAAGUUGUAGAUGCUCCAUCAUGGGAGGUUUUUAAGAAGAGACUGGGUAGCCAUUUGUCCAGAAUGGCAUAGGGUCUCCUGCUUGAGCAAGGGGUUGGACUAGAAGACCUCCAAGGUCCCUUCCAGCUCUUAUUUUCUAUUCUGUAUUCUGCUAUUGUGAUGAAUAAGAAACUAGAGCAUAAGAAGUCUUUAAGUAAAAAGCAAACAGGGCGUAGAUCUUAAACCUCAAAGCGACAGUCCACCCUCCCUUUUUGCAACAUAUCUUAACUUGCCACAAAGUAGACUUUUACAACAAGAGAUUCUUUUAAACAGGUGUGUGCAAGUGCCUAGAAACCAAGCAGGCAAGGGUCUUUAAAAAAUCCCCCUUAAAUUGAAGGUUGCUGUCCAUUAUUGCAUUAUUAACCAUAAAGCAAAAGUUUGGAAAAGAGAUUUUAAAAAUCAAAUAAUGUUGGCUACAGAGCUGCACAGUCAUUUACUUCUUGGGCAGGUUUAAUCCAAAUCCAACAUUUAUUGGAAAAAAUUAAAAGAAACUAUCCUCCAAGAUUUGUUUUUAUUUAUGAACGAGAAGCCUCUUGGGAAAAUAACAAAUUUAAUGGCAGGGGUACUAUUAUUCCUUAUGGUAAAAUAAGGUGAUACUUGGGAAUGAGAAUGGAGAAGAAUUUGAGAAGCCAUGGGUAGAUCUGCUCCACCUUAUAGUAGACAUUUGAGGCAAAGCAAAAGGAAUAAUCGUACCCCUACCAAGAAAAGGCAGGCCACUAUUGAGUAUUUCCAGAUUCUUAGCUCCUCUCAUCUCAUUGGGUCUCAUAUCCUCCCAAAAUAUUCUGUGUAGAUGUCCUGCACCUGUCUGGAUUUUCAGCAACUAUCAGGCGAUAUUGGUCCAUGUUGGUACAUGCAGGAAUGAUGGUGCUGGCUUUAGAUAGUUGAGAGCUGUACCCAUGCACCUGGAGGGGCUUUGUGUGUGGUGUGUGUGUGUGUGUGUGUAUUCUCAUUCUUCCACAUUAAAUGAAAUGCAAAUCUGUCAGCUACACAGUGUGAUUCUAGCUUGCCACUGCCAUAUUCCAUUUUCUAAGGCAAAGACAGAACCAGUACCAUGACAAAAGAGCAGGUACAGGAAAUGGUAAAUAGUUACAGCCCAGUUUGCUCUCUAAGUUUCAUUUCCUUAAUUUCCUUAUCUAGUUACCUUUGAAAAGGUUGCCCUGAUAGGUAUAUGGUCUAUAGUAACAGACAGCUGUCAACCCCUGAGAGACUGCAUGAGGUCAGAACUAGAGCUAUGUUUUGGGUUAAUGAUCUUCUUUGAAACAGAGAGAAAUAGAGAGGGGUGGGCUAUUUACAGUGUAUUUUAUUGAUACGGGUCAUAAUUGCUGUAUUUUUUAUCAGUGCUGAGUUCCAUACAGCUCCCAGCAUGUGUGUCAAAUACCAUUGGUCCAAUAACUAUUAAAAAUAAAACAUUUUUAAAAUAACGUAA